AUGUUUAAUGCGCUAAACCGCUUCAUCUCGCGCCUGGACGGAGACGUCCAGCAGCAGAGGCAACAAGAGCGAGGCUCCUUCGGCUUCCAGGUGCUGCGCAAUACCAACCUGGAGCUUGCUAUCGAGCCCUGGUUCGACUUCAUUGUUGGAAUCAAUGGUAGACCUAUUGGCCAAAGAACGAGAGAAAUCCAUGCACCUGUUGCGUUAGAUACUGCAUCCCUCGGUCUUUCGCUCCAAUACGCUCCGCUGGCCCUUGCUGCCAACAUCUGGCACGUUCUCGAUGUCCCCGCCAACUCCCCCGCCGACGCCGCCGGUCUUCUGCCAUACAGUGACUAUAUCCUCGGCAGUCCUGAGGGUGCUUUAUAUGGCGAGGGUGGCCUGGGCGAGCUCGUCGAGGAUUUUAUUGGACGGCCGAUGCGAAUCUGGGUCUACAACAACGAAUACAAUGUCACCAGAGAAGUCACAAUACAACCUAGCAGGGAUUGGGGUGGCCAAGGAGCGUUGGGUUGCGUGCUUGGAUACGGAGCCCUUCACAGGAUCCCUCCUCCUCUGAGCGAGCCCGUUGAUGCCCCUGGCGAGACGAUGUUCGACGGAGCUACCAAUGAGGAGAGUGAAGACGCGUAUGCUCCUGCUAUAGGUGGCUCGGAGCCCGCCCCUCCCGUAGGAGACUUUUUGGUGCCUGCACAGAUGAUAGGUGAUGCUCCGGUGAGUGCACCGCCGAGGGGAGCUGGCAAGAAGAAGGAACGCCAUGGCCACAACCCUAACAGGCUGAUGGAUGACUACUUUAAAGAGGAGGAAGAGAAGAGUCGGGCUGUGGACAAUGCACCUUCGACUAGGAACUCACCAGCCCCUCCCCCACCCAAAGGCGGUCCUCCAAGGGACUCACCAAAGCCAGAGACUCAGGCCAGUGGUGGUGAAGCAGAAUGA